AUGAUGACGACAGAUUGUACAGGAGAGCAUACGUGGUUACAAAUGCAGCACAAACUAAGCUUGAGGAAACUAUUAGAGGGAUCAGAGCAACAAGAGGAGCUGAAGUAUGACUUCAAUAUAAAAGGGGAACUGAGGCACCUGGAUACAAAUGAGUCCUUUGUUUUCAAUUAUUACAAGAAUGCGCAUGAGCAGAAUCAUAAACGCUACCAAGUUUUGGGGCAUUUGAUUACACAAUAUGUCUAUGAGCUCCUGGAAAGAGUCUGCAUGUUGCAGAAAGUUUAUAUUCCUACUGAUGCUCCAGAGGAUGAACAAAGAAGUUUCUUCUUCAUGAGUGAGAAUGCACUAACAAGUUCUUCUAGCCUAAUUGUCCUUCUUCAAGACUGUGGAGUUUUCCGUGCUGGACAGUGGGGGCGAAAGACAAUUGUCAGUGACGGCCUGGAGCAUGGAACACAAAUACCAUUCAUCAAAAUGGCCCUUCAAAGCCACAGGGGAGUGAUUGUACUGAACCCCAAUGACAACUUUGUUGAUCUGGAGACUGAAAAUAAGAGGUUAAGCUUUACUACCAGGGAAGAAUCACUGACUUCUGUGCAGUCCAACUGCUGGAUCCCCAAGUGGGGCAGCAGCAGCCCUGAGGAACAUACCAUGUAUGUAUGGGAUCAUUUCAUUUCGAAGAGCGCAACCAGAAAUGUGGCCUUCAUUGCCCACGGCUAUGGUGGCUUGGUGUUUGUUGAUCUGCUAGCACAGAGAAAAUGGGAGGUAAUGAAUAAAGUGUACACUGUGGCAUUCAUCGACUCCAUGCACAACACACAGCACCAGGCUAGGAAUGAUCCACAAAUACAAGAAUGGAUACAGAAACGCUGCCGUGAAUGGGUAUCAAACAGUAAGCCUCUAGAUAAAGCUGUAGUUUCUCCCAUGAAGAUGAAUUGUCCUACUGUCUCUGCUGGAACGGAAAAGUAUGGUUUAGCACCCUCUUGCUGCUUACAUGCUGUUUUUAAAUACCUGAAGAGUGCACUGAAAGCCAAGACCAGAACAGCCUUUAGGCAUUCACCUGUUGCAACCAGAAGCAGAACAAGUAAGAAGAGAGGCAACAAAUAA